AAAUGCAGGUGUCGAGGCUACUAAUAUCUAAAAACCAACGAACAUGUAUUUAAUAUUGAUAUAGGAGUCACAAACUUGAAAAUACUUUGUUAUUUAAAAUCAAAUUGACUUUCUCAAAGUAUUUAAUCUUCUUUUAUAUCUUCCAAUAUAAACUUUAUUUUGAAAUUUAAAACUAUAAUCGGAAUCGGAAUCGGAAUCGGAGAGACCGGCAAAUAAAAAAAUAAAUCGAAUUUCAGAGUGAAACCCGUAUUUACCUUAUUGAAAAUGGACUUUCCAUGAUCCAUAUUCCAUGCUUCCAUACAGUAAUUAAACCAAGCAAAGUAGAUCCUCGUUUCUUAACGGCUACAAAUCCAAGCUAUAAAAAUCACAAUCCCGCUAAAGUCUAACGGUUCUGCCUUUUUGCCCUCACUAUUCAAAUCCCAUUCCUCCAACGGUCAACAACCCCCAACUAUAUUUAAAUCCCCCAAGUUAUUUCCAAAACUAGCCGUUGCCAUCAUUCUCCCUUCCCUCUCAACAAACUCUCUCUCUCUCUCUCUCUCUAUCUCUAUCUCAAAUCAGAUCCAUAACAUUAAACAGAUUACUUUUCGACACUCAAUUCAAGAAAUCAGUCAAUAUUUACCCGUAAUCAGUACUUUGGCUAAAGAAUCCAUGGCUGCAAGCAAGAAGUUGGAUUCUCGCUCUCCGAUACCAAGCAGACCAACCAAUCCUGGUUCAAGAAACUCAGAGAUUAGUAAUCCAAUGAGAAGGAGUUUCAGUGGAAGCCCAUUUGUCAAACCCUCUAUUAUUUCCAAUCAAAGAGGAGCAGGAGGCUUUAACCCCAACACGCCUGUUAAUACUCCUUCAGAUUAUCCUCGAAGAAACUCCAUUAGCAGAGAAAAUAUAGUAGUUGCUUUGCCUGGUCACGAGGACAAAGAAAAUGGUAAAGACCAGAAUUGGAAAUCAGUGCGAAUACGUUCACCAGCAAAGGGUGGUGCAAAGAAUUUCAUGUCUCCAACAAUUUCUGCAGCUUCAAAAAUUAAUGCAUCUCCAAGAAAGAAAAUCUUGGCAGACUGGAAUGAGCAAAUUCGCACUUCAAUCUCGUUUUCUGAUACUAAAAGCCCUUUGACGGAAGACUUAUACUCAAAGCCGAGCAAGGGUUUGAAUCAGAAGAAGGAGGUCUCGUUUGAUUCAACAGUCACUUACUUGGGUGACAAUGAGGAUUCCAAAAGUGAGGAACAUGUUGAUUUAAUGGUAGAUUCGCAUUCUAAAGAUGAUUUGAUUGAAGACUUGUACUCAAAGCCGAACAAGGGUUUGAAUCAGAAGAAGGAGGUCUCGUUUGGUUCAACAGUCACUUACUUGGGAGACAAUGAGGAUUCCAAAAGUGAGGAACAUGUUGAUUUAAUGGUAGAUUCGAGUUCUAAAGAUGAUUUGGACAUGUCAUCAGAGAACCUAACUAUGGAGAAGGAUUGUGUUAAUCUUGAUCCAAGUUUUGAGAUUAGUCCAAGGGUUUCUUCUUCAUUUCCAAACCCUGCUUUGGCACCUCUUGAUGCAGAUCCAUCAGUGCCUACUUAUGAUCCUAAGACUAAUUACCUCUCACCAAGGCCUCAGUUUCUUCGUUAUAGGCCCAACCCUAGAAUUGAGCUUUAUCUAAACAAGGAAAGAGAUGGCCAACCACUUGAGGAGAUCUUUGCAUCUGGGUGCUCUUCGGAAACUGAAGUUAGUGAAGCAGAAGACAGUCACUCUGAUGAUUCACGGAAAGAAUCGGAUGCUUCUUUGGCUGAUGAGGAGAAAGAAUCGGAUGCUUCUUCAAGUGAUGAGGUGAAAGAACAAGAGGAGUUGGAAGAGUUGCUGCUAGCAUCCGAGCCCAUUUCCAUUGGUACUUAUGUUGAGGAGGAGGAGCUACUUGUAUCUGAACCCAAUUCCAUUGGUACUUCUGUGGAGAACGCUGAAGAGAAAAGGGUGCCUAAAUCACGUUUCUAUACAAGAAGAAAGUUCAUCGCUUUGCUUUCGGUCCUGACUGUUGGAUUUUUAUAUGUUUCAGUUUCUAAAUCCCAAGUCAUGGAUACUUCUGUGCUCAAUAACUUCACCUUUUUCGAGCCAUAUGUCCCACCUGAAUUCUCAGAGUAUAACAGGCAAACUUUUGAUGUUCUAGCUCAAAAGGUCCAGCUUUGGCUACAUCAGUCUCUGUGUUACACGCAUAAUCUGAUAAACUGCUUCAGAGGCGUGCACAUUUUGGGUCCUUUUCAGUAUGCUAAUUUGACCGUUUUGCUCAAGGAUGACAUAGUUGAUAGUCAAUUUGUAUUUGACCAGAGCAUUUUAAGAUCGAAAGUUAAGUAUGAAGAGAAAGUUUUGGAGUCCAUAAAGGGGGCAGAGGUCAACAUUAAUCUAGCGGAUGAAGAAGAUCAACCAAGGGCAGUUGACGAGAACAUUGAAUUCGUAGGAGAUAAAAAUGAAUGGGAUUUUAAUAGCGCUCCGGAUUCUGAAGAGUUUAGUGCUCCCGAGUCCAUAAAGGGGGCAGAGGUCAACAUUAAUCUGUCGGAUGAAGAAGAUCAACCAAGUGCAUUUGAGGAGAACAUUGAAGUCGUAGGAGAUAAAAAUGAUUGGGAUUUUGAUAGUGCUCCGGAUUCUGAAGAGUUUACUGUUCCCGAGUCUGAAGUAGCAAAUCUGCGCCCCGGAUCUGGGGUGACUGAAACUGGUAAGUCAGCACAAGAAGUCAUCCAAGAAAGUGCUGAAACUGCUGCCAACGUUUUGGAGCUUCAAAGUAACAUGGUCCUUGAAGACCAGUCUGUUCUGAUCCCACAGGCUGCAGAAAUUCAACAAGAAAUCUUGAAUUCCAUGCCAUCUCAAGGUAUAAAUGAUAUUAGUACUGCAGGUAUUGUGUCCCCUGCAUCAGAGGUCAAUUUUGAAAUACUUGCAGGUUCUGAAACAGAAAAUCUACGGAGUUCAGAAUUAGUGAACGCACGCCCAGCACAGAUAAUGGUGGGAAUUUCCUUGAUUGUUUUCAGUCUACUUGGAACAGCCUUCGUUUAUAUGAAAAGUCAAACCCCCACAACUCGAUAUGCUGCAUCUGCAGUGGAUCAAAUGCCAGCCACUAAGAAACUGGAUGAUAGCCCAUUGCCAGUUGCAGCAGAACAUACAGACAUUGUUGGAGAGUUAUGCCCAUCGGAAAUGAGCAGUUUCAGCUUGUCCUACAGCAAGAAAGGACAGGGGGGUACAAGUGAAGCUCAUAGCUGUGAGAGGAAGCCUAGGAAGAACAUUUACAGGAGAGAAUUCAUGGCUUCGCCGGAUUACUCUGUUGGCUCCAUGGGUUCGCCUUCUUACGGCAGUUUCACCACGUAUGAAAAGAUUAGCAAGCAUGGAAUUGAAGAUGAAGAGGUGAUCACUCCAGUUAGGCGCUCUAGCAGAAUUAGAAACCAAGUCACAUUUCCGUGACCCACAAAUCAAAAGCAAUUUCUGAAUGUGUCCUCUCUAGUGAUUGAAUUGCUAUUUAAUUGCGGAGUUAGAUUGUUUCAUUGUUUGUGAUUAAGCAGUGAUUCUGUAGUUUUCCAUUGUUAAUACAGGUUUUCUUUUUCUUUUUGUUUUGCUUAGCAAUUUUUUAACCAAAUAUGGCAAAUAUGGCAAUUGAGCUGAUGUUGUUGCA